UCAUUCACAGAAAUGUGGGGAUGCUAGCCAGCCCUUUCAUUCACUCGCGCGGCAUCUCAUUCACAUUUUGCAGUCCUGCUGGCCGCUUCUAAUGAAGAGAGCCGUUCGGGAGCAGUAGGGUUUUCUGGGCAGUAGAGACACGUAAAAAUAGGCUAUCGUGUGUAUAUUUGCUGUUGCUGUGCUAGGAGGAUGACGAGAGGAAUGAAUGCUGUGAGGAUGCUGUAGCAGGUUUGCAGCGUGGUGAUGAAAGGCUCUUCUGCAGAUCAGUAGAAAACUGCUUUACAUUGACUAGGACAUUGCCAUUAUUCAUCACUGCUGGGAUAAGAGGGUGUCAGUUUGCUGCUACCUGGACUUUUUAAUAUUCUUUCAGGGUUUUUUCAGUUUUUCAGAAUUGAACCAAACAUUCCAGUGAAUUGAAGACCCUCUUCAUGUCUUUCUCCAGACUGAAAAUCAGUUGUGAAAGAAAAAACGUCUAUUAAGCCUGUUUUUGGACAUCAGAAAAAUACUUUUCUUCACACAUAGAUUCACAAAUAUGUGAGGUGGAAGAACAUUUUAACAGAUGAAUAAAGUGUGGUGUUUCAUGAAGGCUAUUAAUUCAGUUUUAAAGGAAGUGAUUUGCAGUGUUCACAGCCUUUUGUUGAAAAGGGUCCUUCUCAUUUGUGUGAGUCAUGCUUUUGCUGUGAGCGAGUUGGCAGCUCUAAGCAGGACUGAGAUCUCAGUCACAGAAAACUGUUACUUCACCCAACCUUAACAAGGAACCAAAAGAAAUUUCUUAAAUAUAUACAGUUUUUCAUUUUUCCUUGUACUCUUUUUCUUUUUUACCCUAAACUCUUGUUAACCCUCCGUGCCGUUAUGAAUUGCUUGCUAUGUUAGUGCAGGCAUCUCCUGCAUUGGCAUCAGAUUUGCCAGAACAUAUGCAGGAAAGCAGAUAGAAGGGCAUGCUUCAACGUACCAAGUAUAACCGCUUCAGGAAUGAUUCUGUGACAUCUGUUGAUGAUCUUAUUCACAAUUUGCCCAUGAACAGCAAGGUCUCAGCAGUUGCUACAACUUCAGCUUCACCUUCAUACCUGGUCUCGCCAGAGGUUCUCCGCAAGGACCAAGAAGAUGGACCCAGCACCCUGUGUACCCUCAUCCAUAAAGUGUCCCACUUGAAACUCUCUAGCACGGGCAGCCUUUUGGGUAUCAAAAACCUCUCCUCUGCAGUAAAGGAGCUUGCUGUCUCCAAAUUGCAGGGAAGCUCGAGUGCUUCUAGUUCAGCAGCAGGGGCUUCAGACAACACAUGUAACCUUCUCUCUGCCACUUCGUGUUCUCAGCAGGACGUGAGCAAGAUGAGUAUGGGGAAAAAAGCACGGUCAGAGGAAAUGCACCUGGGAAGUGAAGAUUGGAAUCAAACUAGCAGUUUUGUCAAUAAAUCCUCUCGAGGAUGGCUGCACUCGAGUGAGAAGAUCCUGGGACCUGGUGUGACGUACAUUGUGAAGUACUUGGGCUGUAUAGAAGUCUUACGGUCAAUGAGAUCCCUUGACUUCAAUACUAGAAUGCAGGUUGCAAGGGAAGCAAUCAGUCGUGUUUGUGAAGCCAUGCCUGGUGCCAAAAGAGCCUUCAAGAAACGAAAGCCACCAAGCAAAGUCCUUUCUAGCAUCUUGGGAAAGAGCAAUCUUCAGUUUGCAGGAAUGAGCAUAAUGUUGAAUAUCUCCACCAGCAGCUUAAAUCUAAUGAAUCCAGAUACAAAACAGAUCAUAGCAAAUCACCAUAUGCAAUCCAUCUCCUUUGCGUCUGGAGGUGAUCCGGAUACUUCAGACUAUAUUGCAUAUGUAGCUAAGGAUCCUGUUAAUCGUAGAGCUUGUCAUAUACUGGAAUGCUGUGAUGGCCUGGCCCAGGAUGUCAUCAGCACCAUAGGGCAAGCAUUUGAGCUUCGAUUUAAGCAGUACUUGCAGUGCCCCUCUAAGACACCUACUUUAUCUGAUAGGAUGCAGAGUUUUGAGGACCCAUGGACAGAGGAAGAUAACGAGGCAGCAGAGCAUCCGUAUUACAACAACAUCCCAAAUAAAAUACCUCCCCCUGGCGGAUUCCUUGAUGCCAGGCUCAAAACAAGGCUUCUCACGGCUACAGACGCAGCUCAGUCUGCAUCAGGAAUGGGAGGAGAGCAAAUUUAUUAUCAGAGCCAUCACCUAGGAGAAAAAUUCAGUGAAGAAUGGCAUCACGGGCCUGUUAAACAAGGAUCUCUGGAUAUUUGUAGUAUGUCAGAAGAGAAAUCAGAAGUAGCACGAACUGGAGAGCUGCCAAUAUAUGUAAACACCCAGAAUAUAAAUAGAGAAGAUCUAUUGGCACUUCAGGCAGAUGCUGAAAGUGCCUUCUGUGGAACAGCAGAGGAUGCUCUAGCAAGCAGCCCAGGAAAGGAUCUGUUUGACAUGAGACCAUUUGAAGAUGCUCUUAAGAAUCAAGCAUCUGAGGCUAUGUUGAAGAAAUCCACCUCCACGGGAUGCACCAGCCCUCCUUUAUCCAGAGUAGCUGUCCGGACUGAAGCUGAGGAGCUGAGUACAGAGCCAUGGUAUCAAGGAGAGAUGAGCAGGAAAGAAGCAGAACAGCUAUUAAAGAAAUGUGGAGAUUUCCUUGUGAGGAAGAGUACCACGAAUCCUGGCUCCUAUGUGCUGACAGGCAUGCACAAAGGACAAGCCAAGCAUCUUCUUUUGGUGGACCCAGAAGGAACUGUUCGUACAAAAGAUCGUGUCUUUGACAGCAUAAGUCAUCUCAUCAACUAUCACCUUGAGAAUAAUUUACCUAUAGUUUCUUCAGUGAGUGAACUCUGCCUGCAACAGCCUGCUGAAAGAAAACACUGACUCCAGAUAACUCUUUUAGUUAUUGCAACCUGCAAGCUAUAACUGGUAGAAAUUGCAGAUUUGAAAGGAAAAUGUACAUUAAAAAACCCCCACAUAUUCACAUACAUUUCACAGGUAUGUUUUAUUUAAGUUUAAGAGGCCCCAUUUCAUAUGGUCCACUUGAACAUUUUCAAUGCUUUAUGAAACAGGAAAUCACAUCAGAAGCCUUUCUUAAAAGUAAUUUCAACAAAAUUGUUCAGAUUCUCUAAUGUGAAUGUUGAUAGUGUAUAUACACAUUAUAUAUAAAAAUACAGUAUAUAUUUAUAUUUUUCCAGUCAGUCUGUUGACAGUAUAAAACUAUCUUCUGUGCCAUGUGUUUUUACCAAAAGAAAAAUAACAAGUGUGAUUGUUCAGAUAAAAAAAUAAUUUCAGCAGUCUCAAUUUCUUGAGAAAUUUAAUAUUACAAAUCUUAUUUCUGAUUUUACCUAAGAAGCACAACUAUGGGGAUUACAGAUGGAUUAUGCUAGUUAACCAUGGAAGGAAUCUGAAUUCAGUAACUAGUAUUCCAACUCAGAAAUUUAGCAUAAAAUGUUUUUUAAAACCAUUAUUCACUGUCACUGAUAUCAAAAGGAUUUUAUCUUUCUGACGUCAAGUUUGAAUUCUUAUAUGAUGCUAUUCAAACCAUUUGUAUCUUACUUUAACAACGAUUUGGUGUGAUCUCUAUGUGUACAAGGUGUGUGCUUAGAUUUUUCUAAUGAUAUUGUAACAGUAUACUGUAACUUCAAUUUUUUAAUUUCAGUGCUAAUAUUAUUUAUGAGUAGUUCUCUGCUUAUGGUGAAGAUCUAGGUGUCCUUGAAUUAACAGUCUCAAACGAGAUGUUGCAUACUGAUUAGACAAGUUCAAAUAACUUGUGUUUAAUAGGCUUAAUAUAAGAUGUACAUGACUGUUCAAAGACAUAUCUGAAAAAUCUUUUCUUCUUGUAAGCAGUGAAAACUAUCUGAACUCAGUGAUCAGUUUUGCAAAUGAUGUCACUUGCAUUUACUUGCCAAAGCAUAACUUCAUUUUGGCCUUCAGCCAGUGAUAGGCAUCGGAAAUAUACUGUUUUUCUCUAAAUAUCAAGUUUAAAAAAUACACAUACAAUAAAGACACAUUUCUGGCAGCAAUGCCUUUGACUUUUGGUACUGGGAAAUGCUUUAAGGGAUGUUCGUACUGCUCACAUUUAAACAUUAUAUAAAGUUAUUUUCCCAUUCUAUGAAUCUUAUUAUGAGUCAAAUUCAAUAGACUCAGUUCCUGUAAAUGCAAUGCUUGUGCCAGAGUCAAGAUUUAGCCUUCAGCAAUCCAAGGUCUUCUCUAGCACCAGUCUCUCAAAUCAAAUCUUCAGACUUGAUUCAUAAAAACUCAGCAGGGUAAGUCUAGGUUAAGUACCUGCCUACCCCACAGUAUACUUAAAGUUACAUUUGGUUCUAAGAAUUUGCUGCAUUUAAAAAUUUGUCACACCAUAAUCAAACUGACUGAAGAAUUAACUUAGAAUCUAUUCAGCAGGACUAUCAUGUUAAAAUUCUGAAAUAACUUUCUUGUAUCUUCUGCUUUUAAAUAUGGUGAAGUUGCAACUUGAAAGUUUGAUUUUGAGUAAUCUGAAAACUGAAAAUUAUUGAGACACCUAAGAAUAAUCAUGCACUUAUGUCAAAAUACACUUGAUUCUGUAACUAGGACAUCCAGAAGCCAAACAAAGACAUUAGUGAACCAAAUGCUUGUGAUUAAUUUUACUAAAGGUAGUUAUUAUUUAAUAUUUCUAGGUCUGAAUGGUAGCUGAGAGCUAAGGAGAGCAAUUAAAUGCUGAAUUCAACCCAGAUCACUAUGGCUAUAUCACUGAGUUUAGUGGAAUUCUUAAAAUUUUGUUUUAUUAGCUGGGAGUGGCAAGGAAAUAGGAACACAUCUUAUAUGCCAAAGUAGUAUCCACCAAAAUGACUUUGAGAGUCUCACAAAAUGACUUACCCAUGUCUCACCAUAUUCCAGUUUACAUUUUCUCAGCUGCCACUUCUUCUUUUCAUAUAUAAUGCUUGUUAUUCCAUGCUCUAACCUUCCUGUAGCCAUGACCUGGAAAGUUUUCACUGUGAUAUCACUACCUAUAAGAGAAGGUGUCUUUUUAUCUUUGAAUAUUGCAUAUCAUUUCAGUAAAAGUCUGUUGCAUAACCCUCUUAGGUGUCUUCAAGAAGUCCACCAGCUUCCUAUGUCCAUUUUGGAUUCCUAAAUAGCCUGCAAAAAUGUGACAAGAUUUGGAUGUAUGAAUUUAAGGCACUAAAUAUACACCAAAAUAGAUAUCUUAAUUUUUUUUACUACUGUCCUAACUGUAGCUUUAAUAACUUAGAGGCCACUUAGCUGCAUGUUUUAGAAAUUAAAGCUGAUGCACAGGAGACACAAAAUGAAACUGCUUGACAGAAAUACUGAAUUUCCCAGACUAUAUUUCACAAACGGUGCCUCCAGGGGAAUGUGGCUAUUUUGAGCUGCUCUGUCAGCACAGCCAGUUUGCCCAGCUCAGCACAUCCUCUGGUGAUGCAAAGGGUGCGCGCAUCGUGCCUAGAUGCUCUGUGGCUGCACUGCGACAGUGCCUGCCCACGCGGUGGGCUCAGCACAUCCUGCCCGGCCACACAGGAGCACACAGAGGCUUUCCUACAUCACUGGGAGCCACACAGGCUCACAACUGUCCAGAAAG